CUGUUUAUAUAAGUAUUUUAAUGUACCAAACGCAGAAAUUGUAAAUUGUAUUAACAUUCACACUAUAUUUCUUAGAAACACUUACACUAUGCAAAUAUUAAUGUAUCAAAAAGAUAUCUGCAGCUGAUCCUAGAUCAGCUACAUUCACUUACAGCUUCUCUUGACUUCCUUUACAGCUAGGUCACCUCUUGUGGUGUCAGUGUAUAUGUUUGUGUGUAACUGUGAGAGACAGUGAGACAGAAUGGAGGAUCUGGCAGAGUAUCAUGGGUCCAUCAGCAAGAGGCAAGCAGAAGAGAUCCUGAAUCAUGCGGGCAGAGAUGGCAGCUAUCUGAUCAGAGACAGCAUGAGCUCAGCAGGAUCUUACUGCGUGUGUGUGCUGUGUGCUGGAUGGAUUUACACCUACAGAGUUUUCAAAAAAAAGGAUGGCCUCUGGACAAUAGAGGUGGCUCCUGGGAUGAAGGAAAGACUCUUUAGGAAAGUCAGUAAUCUCAUUGCUGCCUUCAAGAUCCCAGACCAAGGCAUCUCUGCUCCUCUUUUGUAUCCUGUAAACAAACCUAAAUAAUAACACACAAGUCAAAGCAAACACCUUAGAACAGUUUUGACAUGCUUUAAAAGUGAACAAGAGUAUUUUCUUUGGGGUCUCUUAACCCAAAUGUAAAUUGUAGAAAUGUUGUAAAAGUCCUGUAAAUUGUAAAAAUGUUGAAAAGUGUAUUUAAGUGUAUUAGAUUCUUACUCUGAAGAAAUAUACCUUUAUAAUCAAAUUAAUUUCAAAUACAGAAGUAGCUGGAAAAAUCCACAAGAUACCGAAACAAUAAAUGCUUUGCUAGAAUAGAUUAAAUAAUUGGCCAUCCCAUUACAUUAUUAUACAUCCCCUCUACUGUGUACUGUCAGUCUGUCAACAAAAACUGAGUGUUUUAUUCUGUUUAAAAAAACAACAACUCAUGCUAGCUAUACAUUCAGUAAUCCUCACCUCAGAUAUUAUCAGCAAUAUAGAUAGCCAGUUAUAGAUCACUACGGAAACUACACCCAUGAGAAAAAGAGGACUUGAAUAGAAUGUCAGAUCCUUCCUGAGCUUGAUUGCUAUCUUGUUUUAAUAAAGGUUUGAUAAUAACCAAGUGUUUCUGUGUAAAAACUUAAGACGAUUCUACUUCUGGAAGUCGAAGAGGAAACGACUGUUUUGUGUUCAAAUUUUCUACUAAACUUAAUUUAGUGCCACAAUUCCUACAGUAAUAUCAUCACAGUCAUGUUAAAAACAAAAAGGUCUUGUAUGUAAGGAAAUUCAGAGCCUUUCUGAUGUUAAAAAUAAAAUCAACAAAAUACGCA